AGAGGGAUCGAGAUAAGAUCAAGCAUUGGAGAGAAUUCGAUCUCGUCUCCUUCUUCUCGCUCUCUCGAUCCUCCUCUCGGCUUUCUCCACCGCCAUCGUAGCUCCAGAACUCUGCUUAUGGAAUCCGAUGUCUUAAUCUCCGUAGCUCGCUGGUGUUCUCAUCUGUUUGAUAGCAUUUGAUUUUUUUUUUCCGCUGUUUUUUAAUCCUAGGGUUUGGAUUUGAAUGAAUCGGCGUAGCUUAGAGUGAUUCGGUCUUUGUUUUGGAGAUGGCUUUGGGAAAGUUUCGAUUGAGUGGGAGUUCUUUGUUGUUUGUAAUUGUUUUGAGUCAUUUGCUUGUGGAGUUGGCGAGGGGGAGAGUGAUCUUGAUCGGAAAGAACGUGGAGAAGAGCUUUGAUGAUGCUGAUGCUAAUUUCACUCCGGAAAUAAAAGAAUCAGGUGAAAAUGGGGUUUUGUAUCUUGCUGAGCCGCGGAAUGGAUGUUCUUUAUUAAGAAGCAGAGCGAUCGAAGGUUCAGAAUCUUCAUUUGUGUUGAUUGUUAGAGGGGGAUGCACAUUUGAUGAAAAAGUUAGGAGGGCACAAGAGGCUGGAUUCAAAGCUGCUAUUGUAUAUGAUAAUGAAUACAGAGGUGCCUUGCUUUCAAUGGCAGGAAACCCAGAAGGUAUCAACAUACAUGCCGUAUUUGUGUCCAGAGUCUCAGGGGAGAUAUUGAAGAAAUAUGCGCAUCGGAGAGAGUUGACAGUAUGGCUUAUCCCAUCUGUUGAGAGCUCUGCAUGGUCAGUCAUGGCGAUUUCUUUCAUAUUGCUGCUUGCUUUUCUUGUGGUGCUUGCUACAUGUUUCUUUGUGAGGAGACAGCAAAUUAGACGUGACCGGCGUAGAGCUUCUCGCAUUCAAGAGUUCCAUGGCAUGAGCAGGCAAUUGGUAAAAGCAAUGCCCAUUGUGGUAUUUACAACAGUUUUGGAAGAUAAUUGCACCUCAAGAACUUGUGCUAUCUGCCUGGAAGACUACAAUCCGGGGAGAAACUUGGUGCUUCCGUGUCAACACAGUAUGUCUCCUUACUUAACAUGA